AUGCCGCCCGUCACACGCCGCAACUCGCGCGGACACCCCUACGCUGCCAACGGCGCCGACACUGCCGGCCCCUCGUCGCGCCCCACAGCCCCCAGUAUGGCGUUUAGAAACCCCUUCCGGCGCGCGCAGCAGGAGAACGAGUCGGGGCAGAUUGUCGUCCACAUCAAGUGGGGCAGGGAUAAGUUCAACGUCCCCAUCCCCUCGCCUUCGACGACGCCGCUCUCGCAGCUCAUCGGCACGCUGGCGCACCAGACGUCGAUCCCACAAAACCAGCUCAAGCUCAUCUUCAAGGGCGCGGUCCUCAAGGAUCCCUCGCUGACCGUCUCGUCGUACGGGAUCCAGGACGGCUCGGCGCUCGUGUUGGUCGGCAAGGAGGGCGAGGUGCCGUCGGCGCCCGAGCCUGCGCCGCCGCCCCAGCAGGUCGUCAAGAAGAAGAACAAGCAGCCCGAGACGGACAACGAGCAGGUGCUCGUCGACUGGAUCAACAACCUCGUCGGCGGGUGCGUCGACCCGCUCGUGCCGUCCAUCGCGACCUUCGUGUCCCAGACCUCGAAGAACGCGACCAACAAGCCAAAACACGCCCUCCCGAUGGACAAGCUCCAGGUCGAGCAUGCCCGCCUGUCCGAGUUUCUCCUUCGCGGGCUGCUCGACCUCGACGGCAUCGAGAUCCCGAGCGGCUGGACCAACGCCCGCCAGGCCCGCAAGGACGGCGUGCGCCGCGUCCAGGGCGAGCUCACCAAGGUCGACGACGCUUGGGGAGAUCGCAAGCGUCUCGGCGCGUAG